GGGGGCGGCCGUGUUUCCCGGCCCACAGUGGGAAGUUCCCGCGGAUCCAUCCACCCAGCACCGGUGGGAAAUUGUCCUCCCAGCCCAGGACGGAGCUUCCUCUUCCCCGGGAUCCUCCCUCUCCUGCCCGGGAUCUCCGCUCUCCUGUAUGGGAUCCUGCCAGGAAAUCUCGGGCUCCUCACGAUGCCAACCAAGAGCCGCUACAACCUGGUGGAUGAUGGGCACGACCUGCGGAUCCCGCUGCACAACGAGGAGGCAUUCCAGCAUGGCAUCUGCUUCGAGGCCAAGUACAUCGGGAGCCUGGACGUGCCGCGUCCGAACAGCAGAGUGGAAAUCGUGGCAGCCAUGAGACGGAUACGGUAUGAGUUCAAGGCGAAGAACAUCAAAAAGAAGAAAGUUAACCUGUUGGUGUCUGUAGACGGAGUGAAAGUCAUCCUGAAGAAGAAAAAGAAGGUGCCCGACAUGUUUUCUAAGAAGGAAUGGGACUGGGAUCAAAGCAAGAUGUUGGUCAUGCAGGAUCCGAUCUACAGAAUAUUCUACGUAUCUCAUGACUCCCAGGACCUCAAGAUCUUCAGUUACAUUGCCAGAGACGGCUCCAGCAACAUCUUCCGCUGCAAUGUCUUUAAAUCCAAGAAAAAGAGCCAAGCCAUGCGAGUGGUGCGGACUGUGGGCCAGGCGUUUGAGGUUUGCCAUAAGCUGAGUCUGCAGCACACCGAGCGAGGAGGAGACGGACUGGAGGACGUGGAGAGUGAGAAGAGCACCGACGACUCCGGAGUGCCAGUAACGCAUGUAGUCGCCAGCGUGGAUCACAAUGCAGACGAGACCGAUAUCGAUGCUUUGGACAGUCCUCCGCCCGGAGAGCAGCGCCCUAAGGUCGGCCGCGGAGUGACGGAUUUGGAUGCUGUGAAGAGGGAGAGCGAAUGUCUAGAUGAUAAGAAGAUGAAUGACAAAGUUAUAGCUUCUCCCAAGAUGUUGCUCCCCUCGGAUAGUCAGCUACCGCCGGGGACUCCUCUCUCCGUUCACCACCAAAUCCAGCUGCUCCAACAACAACUGCACCAACAGCAGCAGCAGACCCAGGUGGCGGUGGCCCAGGUUCAUCUGCUGAAGGACCAGUUGUCCGCAGAAGCCGCCGCCCGGCUGGAGUCUCAGGCCCGAGUCCACCAGCUGCUCCUGCAGAACAAAGAUCUGCUGCAACAUAUCUCUCUGCUGGUGAAACAAGUGCAGGAACUGGAGUACAAGUUGUCUGGAAAGAAUGCCAUGGGAUCUCAGGACAGCCUCCUCGAAAUCACAUUCCGUUCCAGCCUCUGUCCUGUGCUUUGCGAUCCUUCGACGCCGAAACCGGAAGAUCUGCCCCCGCUGAGCGACCCCGAUUCCUCCUUCCAGCUGGGCAGCCCCUUAGGUAGGACAGACUGCUUGGUGAAGGUUCAGUGCUACCGCUUUGUGCCGGGCCAGGGGGAUGGAGCCGGCGAACUACUCGGCAGCCUGGAGCUCUAUAGGUUUAGAGAAUCGGGGAUAGCCUCUGAGUACGAAUCCAACACCGAUGAGAGUGACGAGAGGGAGUCCUGGCAGGACGAUGGGGGGAGGCUGGCUCACGUUUUGCACAGAGACAUGCUGGGGGACAGUCUGGAGGAUGAAAUUGCUGUGUGAACAUAGAGGGAAGUGGGUCUUGUCUUGUGUUUGUGUCAUCGGGUGGGGGGGGGGGGGGCAGUCUGCUAUAUUCGUACUCUGUGAUAUUUGGACUGUUCGCUGUGUGUCCUAAAAAGAUGGCUAUAUUUGUACCCGUUGCUGAUAUCAUAGUUUAUACUUUAUGCUGUUGGGUUAUUAGAUUAGAUCUGUAGUGGACUGAAGGAUAUCUGCCACAAGCAUAGACCCAUUUCGCAUAGCAUUAUCCCCUAAUAGAGUACUUAGAGGGUGCAUCUCAACCUCUUCUUAACAGCCACCCCUAUCUUUAUGUCCAGGCACUAUCUCUCCAUGAGCCUCCUUGGUCAGCACCAUCAGGGCUGUAUGAAUUCCUUAGGGUAGGGUCACACUUUGCGUAUACGCAGCGUGUUUUAUCCUGCACAAAAUCCGCUGCGCAUAGGGAAACACCUUGUGUAUUCUCCAAUGAGCAGAAACACAGGGCUUCCUGUGGCAGUCCUGUGUGUGCAGUGAGGUUUGGAGGCGGGGUUAGGGUGCCCAUGUGACUGUGAUGCAUGAGCCUGCCUCUAAACUUUACUGCACACACAGGGCUGCUGCGGGAGAGCUCUUUGCGUCUGCUCACUGGAGAAUACGCAGUGUUUUUCCCGUUGCGCAACCUGAAAUAUGCUGCGUAUAUGCAAUGUGUGACCCUACCCCUUUAAAGUGCAACUCCAGUGAUGGCUCUGGCAGGAGGAUAUAUGUUAAAAUUUUUGUGCAGCCGCCCAAGACUUGUGCCAGGCUACAGCGUUCGGUUUACGGGUUUGGCAGAACUCCUAUAGACUAGCAUGCGAUCCCGCAAAAUUUGUAGAUUAAAUGUUUUAGUCCUGUGCAAGUCUCUGGUCAUCACUGGAGUUGCACUGUCACUGAAAAAAAUACUUUUGAUAUGUCGUAGGGGUCGGGGAUCGGAGUGUUCUGUGACCGAUCAUGAGAAGAAGCCAGGAAAAGUGCGCAUUUAGAGCGCUCCCAGCUCUGUGUCACAUGACCAGGACGGAUUUAAUAAGAAUUAAGACCAUCCUGGUCUCAUAGACACAGAGCGGGAAGAGAAGCACCGUCGUCCUCUUGAUCGGUCAGAGUUUGAAGGGGUACUCCGCUGCUCAGCAUUUGGAACAAACUGUUCUGAACGCUGGAGCCGGCGCCGGGAGCUCGUGACGUCAUAGCCCCACCCCCUCGUGAUGUCACACCUCGCCCCCUCAAUGCCAGUCUAUGGGAGGGGGCGUGACGACUUGGCGUGACACCACGAGGGGGCGGGGCUAUGACGUACCUAGCUGCCGGCUCCAGGGUUCGGAACAGUUUGUUCCAAUCGCUGAGCCGCGGAGUACCCCUUUAAACACUCAAAUAAUAAAAACUUCUCCUUAAAGUUUAUCUGUCACCUAAAUUGUGCUAGUAAAAGGGGCCACACAGUGUGCAAGCGGUAUACAUGUAUAUUGCAGUCAUACCUUUGUAACUUUAGUAGGUUUAUUUCCUAAAUAAAGCGUUUUAUUGGCAGUCACGAACAGUCAGAGAGGCAUAACCAGGGGUCCGGGAUGUCCAGGGGCUGCAACACCUUUCCGAGCGGUCCUAAAGCUCUGUGAGGAUGUAAGUUACAGAGCUUUGCGAUCGCUCUAACUGCUUGAAUAUCACAGGCACAGGGGGGGCCCAUGUGUCAGUAACACACCGGAGAUGCCGUGAUGUAAAGGAGAGGGCGUUGCAGCCCUGAGGCAAAGCGGAACCCAGGCCACGCCUCUCCUACUGUUCGUGACGCCUAUAAAAAGCGUAUACGGUAUUCAGGAAACAAACCCACUAAAUAUAGUUAUGACAAUGACUGCAAUUUCAAGUGACCGGUUCACUCUAACAGUGUAGGGGUACUCCUGUGGAAAACUUUUAUUUUUAUUUUAUUAAUUUUUUUCCAUAUGUAGAAAGUUUGUGAAUGACUUCUAUUUAAAAAAUCUUAAUCCUUCCAGUACUUAUCAGCUGCUGUAUGCUUCACAGGAAGUUGUGUAGUUCUUUCCAGUCUGACCACGGUGCUCUCUGCUGACAUCUCUGUCCAUGUCAGGUACUGUCCAGAGUAUGCGCAAAUCCCCAUAGCAAACCUAUCCUGCUCCGGACAGUUCCGGACAUGGACAGAGGUGUCAGCAGAGAGCACUGUGGUCAGACAGAAAAGAACUCAACUUCC